AUGAUAAUUUUAUGCAGCGCAAAUCCAACGAAAACUCGAGAAAUCGCAACAACCCACGAGAAACGUUCCCUAUUCCGUGAUGUCAUAGAGUCAUUAAGAAUCCAUUCUCAACUUCCUGAAGAAAUAAAUCAAAACGAUGAAAACAAUUUGUCUCAAAACUUUGUACGAUACGACAACGAGCCAGCACAUUUACCAAGUGAUGCUGAAUACAUUCCGAGACGAAAUGAUAGAAUUGAAAUGCCGUCGAUGAAGUAUCGAUUCCCAAAAAGUAUUGACACUAACACCAGUGAGGUAAAGUCUCGAGAAGAAGUUGUAGUCUUCAUAGACACUAACAGACACAAAACAACAACCUCAAAACCAAAAAAGGACAAACGUCCUCGCCCACCGUAUAAUAAAAAUAAAAAUCCAAAUAAGAAUAAAGAAAAUGAGGACAACAUAAAUGAAGAAGGUGACGCUGACACUGAUAAUGAAGAUUAUACACCACUAACUAACACAAUGGCUGGACAAAGCCAAAUUGGUAAUAGGGAAUCGCAAACAGUUCUGAAACCAACAGUCAUCGUGAACAUUCGAGGAACUGUCACUCAUAGAGAUAGUGAUAUCAGAAUUGAAGGAAGAGACGAAAAAGUUAACAGAACAGAACCCUUCCAGAACAUAUUCAACAUAAAUCAAGAAAUCAAAAUAGAGAAAGAAGGAAACAAGAAAAAGCCUACAAAUGUAAAGCAAGAAAUUAAAUUGGUUCCUGAUAAAGAAAACGCUAAAAUGGAUGAAGACAUGAUGAUGUGUGAAACUGCAACUUGGAAACCAGACAAAAGCCAGGAGACCCGUAAAUUCGACAGUGUGCUGCAAAUUUUGUUUUCCAUUUAG